CAGGGGUCUUCUCGAGCUUGAUUCUAUCUCUCCUCAGAGUCCUCAUCCUUCACAGCUUCACCGCUCUGUACAGUUCGUUGAACCGCCGCAUCCCCCAGUUCUUCUUGAGGAGAGUGGGAAGAACGCCCAGAUCCUCUCAAUCUGCAACGUCUCUCCGUCCUCCCUUCUCCUCAAGGACCUCGAAAUGUCGUCCUCAAUACCAGGCAAUCGUGAGCUGCCGGCCUCCCAAUAUGAUCUCAGCACAUACUGGGGACGUGUACGGCACGCAGCAAAUAUUUCUGAUCCUAGGACUCUGCUAGUUGGCAAGGAGGGAUUGGAACAUGCAAAGAGCCUGAUUUCUGCAUACAAGCAGGGGAAGGUUGGUGAGAUGAACGCGGAUCUGUGGAAGGCGAAGAAGAUUGUUGAUUCGACCUUGCAUCCUGAUACCGGCGAACCAGUGUUUCUCCCCUUUCGAAUGUCCUGCUUUGUCCUGUCAAAUUUAGUGGUCACUGCCGGAAUGCUUACACCUGGCUUGGGGACCACCGGCACUCUCCUCUGGCAAAUAACCAACCAAUCUCUCAAUGUCGCGAUCAAUAGCGCCAACGCUAACAAAUCCACGACCUUGUCCCUCUCAAAGAUGACACAAUCCUACUUCCUUGCAGUGGGCGCCUCGUGCUCUGUAGCUCUUGGUCUUAAUGCUCUCGUCCCACGGCUAAAGCGAGUAAGCCCGGCUACAAAGACAAUUCUCGGGAGACUGGUACCGUUCGCUGCUGUAGCAAGUGCCGGAGCCUUGAACGUAUUCCUGAUGCGCGGUGAAGAGAUCAGACAAGGUAUUGAUGUUUAUCCCGUUCUUUCCGAGGCGGACAAAGCCAAACUCGCCGCGGAGGGAAAAUCCGAAUCUUCUGUGGCGUCCUUGGGGAAGAGCAAGAAAGCGGCUACGAUUGCCGUCUCCGAAACUGCAAUUAGUAGAGUGCUGAACAGCUCUCCAAUCAUGGUCAUCCCGCCAUUGAUUCUGGUCCGGUUACAGAAGCAAGAGUGGCUGAAGAGGAACCCCAGACUUACAUUGCCCGUCAACCUGGGCUUAAUCCUGGGAACGAGUCUGUUUGCUUUGCCAUUGGCCCUGGCAGCGUUCCCGCAGAGACAGAGUGUCGAUGCUUCGAGUUUAGAAGAGGAGUUCUGGGGACGUGGCGGAGAAGGAGGAAAGGUGGCAUUCAACAGGGGAAUUUAAAAAGGAGUCGACGGUAUAUAGCACUUGUUUGGGUUAUGAUGCGAAUGACAUGAGAAGAAAGCCUCCGGAAUGAAGCGAAGCAGGAGACAGGCUUGCCUCGGGGCAAAGCCGUAGUGCGUGUAGUUUUAUACAGCUUGGAAUUCGGAAAG